AUGCAUUUCCUCAUCCAGCAAUAACACAGCCAAAUAUACAUAUUUUUUUCACACUGACACACCAUCUCCCUUUGCUAGUCCUUCCAGUGUCCCUCCCUCUUUCUCUUUCUCUUUCUCUUUCUCUUUCUCUUGGGCUCUUCAAGUUCCAAUGGAGAUUUUUAAAUGUUUUCACUUCAGUCUCCUUCUUGCUACUUUUUCCGUUUUCUUCUUGGCAGUUUCAGCAAUGGACCCUUAUUCUGAUGCACUCCUGAGCCUGAAAUCUGAACUCGUGGAAGAUGAAGACAGUUUACGUGACUGGGUGGUGGUGCCUUCGGGAGGAAACUCAACUGGGAAAUCCAAUGCUUGUUGUUCUUGGUCUGGAAUCAUGUGUGAUAAAGACUCAAAAAUUGUAACCUCCAUAGACUUGUCCAUGAAGAAACUGGGAGGUGUAAUGUCAGGAAAGCAAUUCAGUAUCUUCACAAAGCUUGAAUAUCUCAACCUCAGCUACAAUUUCUUCUCUGGGCAACUUCCUGUGGAAAUUUUCAACCUCACCAGUCUAAGAAGCUUGGACAUAAGCAGAAACAACUUUUCUGGUCACUUCCCAGGUGGGAUUUCCAGCCUUAAAAAUUUGCUUGUACUUGAUGCCUUUAGCAACAGCUUUUCCGGGCCAUUGCCUGCUGAACUUUCUGAACUUGAAAAUCUCAAGGUCCUUAAUCUUGCUGGGAGCUACUUCAAAGGACCAAUCCCAUCUGAAUAUGGUUCCUUUAGAAGCCUUGAGUUUAUUCAUCUUGCAGGUAAUCUCCUCUCUGGGAAGCUACCUCCAGAACUGGGUAAUCUCAAAACAGUAACCCACAUGGAAAUUGGCUACAAUUCUUACCAGGGUUCCAUUCCGUCUGAGUUAGGUAACAUGAGUGAACUCAGGUAUCUUGACAUUGCUGGUGCAAAUCUAUCUGGCCCAAUACCAGAGCACCUCUCCAAUCUCACAAAUUUGCAGUCACUUUAUCUGUUCAGAAACCAGCUCACGGGAUCAAUUCCAAGUGAGUUUAGCAAGAUCAAGUCACUCACAGAUUUAGAUCUUUCUGACAAUCUCAUCUCUGGGCCCAUUCCUGAAAGCUUCUCAGAGUUGGAGAACAUGAGGCUGCUAAGCCUCAUGUACAACGACAUGAAUGGCACUGUUCCUGAAGGCAUAGCACAACUUCCAAACUUAGAAACUCUUCUCAUUUGGAACAACUACUUCUCUGGAUCACUUCCACAGAGCUUGGGGAAGAACUCAAAUCUCAUGUGGGUGGAUGUUUCCACAAAUAAUUUUAUAGGCAGUAUACCACCAGACAUUUGUAGGAGAGGAGUACUAUAUAAGCUGAUUUUGUUUUCAAACAGAUUCUCGGGCAGCCUCUCACCAUCUCUCUCAAAUUGUUCUUCACUUGUUCGUCUUCGCUUGGAAGAUAACCUGUUCACAGGGAAUAUCCCUUUGAAAUUCAGACAUCUUCCUGAUAUAUCAUAUGUUGACCUAUCCAGGAAUAAAUUUCUUGGUGGGAUCCCCUCAGAUAUUUCCCAAGCUAUCAAGCUUACUUAUUUCAAUGUCUCCAAUAAUCCACUAUUAGGAGGCACCAUCCCUGCAAAAACAUGGUCUUUGCCACUUCUGCAAAACUUUUCAGCCUCCUCCUGUGGCAUUUUAGGAAAUCUUCCUCCAUUUGAGUCUUGCAGAUCAGUCUCUAGCAUUGAGCUGGAUAGGAACAACUUGUUUGGGACGAUCUCAUUUGCCGUUUCAAAUUGCAAAAAUCUUGAGAAUAUAAAAUUAUCCAACAAUAAUUUAUCCGGUCCUAUACCUGAGCAGCUUGCAAGCAUCCCUGUUCUUGGUGUUGUAGACCUAUCACACAAUAACUUCAAUGGUCCUAUACCUGCAAAGUUUAGCACUUGUUCGAGCUUACAACUUCUUAACGUGUCUUUCAACGACAUCUCUGGUUCAAUUCCCAAAGGAGAGUUAUUCAGAUUCAUGGAUAACAGUGCAUUUAUUGGGAAUCCAGAGCUAUGUGGAGCACCUCUACGACCGUGUUCUGAUUCAGUUGGAAUAUUUGGAAGUAAAGGCACAUGGAAGCUUACAAGUGUAGUGCUAUUGUGUGCAGGAUUGCUUAUAUUCCUUGUCGCAGCCUUAGCUUUUGGAAUUGUUUAUUUCAGGCGAGGAGUUAAAAGCCAAUGGAAGAUGAUUUCAUUUGUUGGGCUCCCUCAAUUCACAGCAAAAGAUGUCUUGACAAGCUUCAACACCACGGAGUCAAGAGGCGUGGCAGCAACACCAUCACCAUCAGUUUCAAAAGCUGUUCUGCCAACGGGAAUACCAGUUUUAGUGAAGAAGAUCGGAUGGGAAAAGAGGAACAUAAAAGCAGUGUCAGAGUUUAUAGCGCGACUAGGAAAUGCAAGGCACAAGAAUUUGAUCAGAUUACUUGGGUUUUGCUACAACCAGAAUCUAGCUUAUAUUUUAUAUGACUACUUACCCAAUGGGAACCUGGCAGAGAAAAUUGGGAUGAAAAGGGAUUGGGCAGCAAAAUUCAGAAUUGUGAUUGGCAUUGCUAAGGGACUUUGCUUUCUUCAUCAUGACUGUUACCCAGCCAUACCCCAUGGAGACUUGAAGUCUAGCAAUGUAGUAUUUGAUGAAAAUAUGGAACCCCACUUGGCAGAAUUUGGCCUCAAGCAUGUGUUGAAUUUGAGCAAAGGUUCAUCUCCUGCCACAACUUCCAGCUGGGAACCAGCAGAAUCUAAUGAAGCCAUGAAAGAGGAAUUCUACGCCGAUGUCAACAAAUUUGGUGAGAUGAUUGUGGAGAUUUUAACCAAUGGAAGGCUGACAAAUGCAGCAGCUAGCAUACACAGCAAACCAAGAGAGGUUCUUUUGAGAGAAAUUUGCGAUGAAAAUGAUGUGAGUUCUGCCAGUUCACUGCAAGAGAUAAAAAUGGUUCUUGAAGUGGCUUUGCUUUGCACCAGAAGCAAGUCAACAGAUCGCCCAUCCAUGGGAGAUGCCUUGAAGCUUUUGUCAGGGUCAAUGCCUCCGGAGGAUCACAAAUAUUAAGAUACAGAUAUUCUUAAGUAGAUUUGAUUGUUACACCUGCCAAUGAGAAAUCGACAUUCAAUGGAAUUCACCUCUCAUAUGCCUAAAUGUCCAUUUAUCAUUGGCUGGAUACACCAAGUCAGCUUUAAAACUUCUCACAUAUAUAUAUAUAUAUAUAUAUAUUCAUUUUGAAACAUAAGAAGUUUGAAUGUGUGUAAUUAAAUGAGUUUGUAAGUUGUAUAAUAUAUAUCAUAAUUACCUUGGUGUGCCAUA